AUGGAUAUUGCAACAGGUCCGGAGUCACUGGAACGCUGUUUCUUGAAGAGAAACCAAUCCAAGUACCCAAGGAUGUUAGACGGUAUAAAGACUGAAGAUCAUCCCCAUCGUCAAGCUACCCUUGGAGUCGUGCUUGGGACGGAAUGCCAUCACCAAUCUGUAUGUGAAGGAUGCCAGCGUCCAAUAUCUGACAGGUUUCUGAUGAGAGUCAACGAUUCCUCAUGGCAUGAGGAGUGUUUGCAGUGCGCUGUGUGUCAACAACCUCUAACUACCAGUUGUUACUUCCGAGAUAGGAAACUGUACUGCAAACAUGACUACCAACAAUUGUUUGCCACCAAGUGCAGUGGAUGCCUGGAGAAGAUCGCCCCCACAGAGUUUGUGAUGCGUGCUCUGGAGUGUGUGUACCACUUAAACUGCUUCUCCUGCUGUGUGUGUGACCGGCAGCUGAGGAAAGGGGAUGAGUUUGUCCUGAAGGAGGGCCAGCUGCUGUGUAAGAGUGACUAUGAGAAGGAGAAGGACCUGCUCAGUUCUGUCAGCCCAGACGAUUCUGACUCAGAGAAAAGUGACGAUGACGAUGUGGAUAUCAAGCAGGAGAAAGGCACGGGAGGCCAGGGGAAGGGAGAUGAUGGGAAAGACCCCAGGAGGCCCAAGAGGCCACGCACCAUUCUGACCACUCAGCAGAGACGAGCUUUCAAAGCCUCCUUCGAGGUGUCCUCCAAACCCUGCAGAAAGGUGAGGGAGACUCUGGCUGCUGAGACAGGUCUCAGUGUUCGUGUGGUACAGGUGUGGUUUCAAAACCAGAGAGCCAAGAUGAAGAAGCUGGCAAGAAGACAGCAGCAGCAACAGGAACAACAGAAUUCUCAACGGCUUGGCCAAGGUACACCAGGUCCAACGGUUGGCUGUGAUACAGAGGUGAUGUCCAAUCGGAUGGAGGGCAUGAUGAACUCCUUCACGCCACUGGCCCCGCCCCAGCAGCAGCUGGUUGCCAUGGAUCAGAACGGCUACAGUACGGACCCCUUCCAGCAGGGCCUCACCCCCCCACAGAUGCCCGGAGACCACAUGAACCCAUAUGGUAAUGACUCAAUUUUCCAUGACAUAGACAGCGACACAUCUUUAACCAGCCUCAGUGACUGCUUCAUGGCAUCUUCGGAAGUGAACAUGCCAGCACGUGUGGGACCCAUUGACCGACUCUAUUCCAUGCAGAACUCUUACUUUGCGUCAUGA